GUGCCGUGGAAGGGAGAAGGGGAACUACUGAGUGCGUCACACCCGGAAGCAGCGGGCCGGAAGUGGGGUUGGACAGGUUCUCCCCAGGGGUGGGGAAACGGAGGCCCAGGAGAAGGGGGAAAAAAGAAGGUGGAGGAUCCUGGCUGCCACCCUGAGUCCGGCCCGGCCCGCUUAGAACCCUGAGACACAGAGAAAAGGAAGGGCGUGUCGUCCCCCUUCCUCCCCUCCUCCCCGUCCUCAGCCUUAGCCAUGGCCGAGGCAGGGGCCGGGCUGAGUGAGACCGUCACUGAGACAACGGUUACCGUGACAACCGAGCCCGAGAACCGGAGCCUGACCAUCAAACUACGGAAGCGGAAGCCAGAGAAGAAGGUAGAAUGGACGAGUGACACUGUGGACAACGAGCACAUGGGACGCCGCUCAUCAAAGUGCUGCUGUAUUUAUGAGAAACCUCGGGCCUUUGGCGAGAGCUCCACUGAGAGCGAUGAGGAAGAAGAAGAGGGCUGUGGUCAUACACACUGUGUACGGGGCCACCGCAAGGGACGGCGUCGUGCAACCCCAGGACCGAGCCCCAGCACCCCUCCCCAGCCUCCUGACCCCUCCCAGCCUCCUCCAGGGCCAAUGCAGCACUAAAUUCCUCUCUGCCCCACCAUUCCUGUGUCUGUCUGGCCCUGAAUGUAUUCAUGUGGCUACUUGGGGACUAAACCCAUGGUUUGACCCCUUCUCCAGCCCCCUCCUGCCCUCUCCUCUGCCUGACGGAGGGAGGAGGAGAGGAGGGUGAACAGAGAUCCUGGAAUUCUGACUUGCUGCUAUUCCAGAACCCAGGCUUCUGGGUUCUCCCAGCCCUCAUUUCUCCUUCCGGUCCUCAUCCUCUGCUCUCCUGGGAUCCAGGCGUCUUGGUUCCAGUCUCUUCCCUUUGUUCUCACUGCCAAACUGCCUGUCCUGGGAUCCAGGUCUCUUGGCCCCUUGCAUUCUCUAUUUGAGUCCCAAACACUUAAAUUGGGUUUUCAGCAGUCCCAGCUUUCACUGCCAGGGUCCCAGUUAGAUUCCGGGCAAUCUUGCCCUAGCUAUGCUUGUUAAUCCUGGCUUGGAGCUCUUCCAGUAAUGUAUUUAUAUAAGCCUGUGGGAUGUGUGGGCUCCCAGCCCUACCCCCUCAUGCCCUCCAGAGGGGUUGGGAGAGAGAGAGGUCUUUGCUUUAUCACCUUUAAUGGAAAAGGACAUAGUGAUGGCCUCUCCUCACCCUUCUCACGUGAUACAGGAUCUGACAAAGCUGGCUUGGGGAUUGGCCACUUAGAGCCAGCCUUCUCCUGCAUCUUGUGGCUUCAGAGACAGAUCCAGCUUUGUCCCAGGGACCUGGGUCCCUGGGAGAGGAAGCGAAAGGGAGGGAGCAAAGAGAUGGGGAUACGUCCCCUACACUAUACUCUUACCCCUUCCUUCCUAGGCUUUGAUGUUUCUGCCAGCCCAGGUGCCCAGCUCCCAGCCCUCCCCACUCCUUACUGGGAUCUUGAGAUCAUUUCCUAGGCCUCUUGCCAUGCACAGUUGCAGAGAUGAGUCAAAUCAUACCACCACUGAGAUCUCAUUUAUUGCCACAGAUGCACAAAAUAAAUAACCCAACAUCUCAAAAAGUGUUAAA